CCGGCGGGCUUUGCCACUCAGCCCUUCUCUAGGUCUGCAUCCGUCUCGUCUCAAGGAGAACUCACAAGCAGAAGGGGAAGCACAGGCACAGGAACACCUUUACAGGGACAAACGGAAACGUCCUCUAUAAACAAUGAAGAAGAAGAAAGUGCAGAAGAACAGACCCCUGGAUCGGCCAGAAAACGAGUGAGGGCAUCUCUGUCUGACAUUUCCAGUCCAGAGGACAUUGAAGGGUUGAGUGUUCGGCAGCUGAAGGAAAUACUCGCGUGUAAUUUUGUCAACUACUCAGGAUGCUGUGAAAAAUGGGAAAGAGUGAGCAGACUGUACAGAGAGAGUGAGGAAAACCACAAGACACAGGGUGAGAAGACGCAGCUGAACGACAACGACGACAACCUGUGUCGGAUCUGCAUGGACGCCCUCAUCGACUGCGUGCUGCUGGAGUGCGGCCACAUGGUCACCUGCACCAAGUGCGGCAAGCGCAUGAGCGAGUGCCCCAUCUGCCGCCAGUACGUGGUGCGGGCCGUGCACGUCUUCAAGUCCUAA